AUGUCUGACUCUCCUUUGCAUAACGAGAAGACCGUGGAGCGGUCUCCGAACGAUACCCAGUCAGACGCGGGAAAGCAGUCUUUGAACGACGUUGAUCCCAAUGCUGGAGAGAGCUCACCACGCAAUCUUCAUGGCGUAAAGGUAACUCGGCCACACAUGAGCGGAACCAUGUUAGAUCACAGCAAUGUCACUUACGAUCACCAGUGGCUGAUGACUAUAACGGCAAUCCUGUCGACAACACUGCUGUUCAGUUUGGACACGACAAUCGUUGCCAACGUUCAACCUAGCAUCAUUAAGGAGUUUGGCGAAGUCUCCAAGCUAUCAUGGCUGGGGACAGCCUUCGCGCUGGGCUCGGCAAGCACCAUCCUACCCUGGAGCAAAGCAUAUGGGGUCCUGAACGUCAAAUGGCUGUACAUAUCGCACGUCAUCGUCUUCGAAACCGGGAGCGCGUUAUGCGGCGGAGCACCAGAUAUGAACGCUCUGAUAGUGGGUAGAGCAAUCGCUGGUUUUGGCGCGAGCGGGAUAAAGACCGAUCUAUAUGGGACUGAUAGGAUUGGUGUGGGGACUCGGAACAAUUCUAGGUCCAGUUAUUGGUGGAGCCUUCAUCGACAGCAAUGCGACGCGUUCUACAUCAACCUCGUUGUUGGCGCUGUUUUUGCUCCCGUCUAUCUGUUCCUCUUACCAAGCCUCGAUCUUCAAAAAGAUGUUCCGUUACGGCAGCGACUGGUCCGGAACUUCGAUUGGCUCGGCAACCUCUUUUUUAUUGGAGGCAUAUGUUGUUUCACCCUCGCCAUAACCUUCGGUGGCAGCCUCUUCUCCUGGAGCUCCGCUAGCGAGAUUGCACUCUGGGUCGUGGCAGGAGUGUUGUUCCUUGUCUUUUGUCUGACCCAGGCCUUUCAUCCCUUGGUCAACGCACAACACAAGCUUUAUCCUACCAUAUUCCUCCGACGACCCGUGAUGGUGAUGCUGCAACUUGCGGUUUUCAUGUCCUCUGUGAGCUUGCUAAUCCCAGUAUACUACAUACCGCUCUUCUACCAAUUCGCUAAGGGUUCCUCAGCACUCGGCUCCGCGGUUCAUCUCCUCCCCUUCGUUAUUAUGGUUGUGAUAUUCGUCAUCAUAAAUGGGUCUUUGAUGGCGAAGCUUGGCUACUACAUGCCAUGGUAUCUAUUCGGCGGCGCACUCGUGCUCAUCGGCUCUGCUCUGAUGUACACCGUCACUGCAACAACCUUGACCUCCGCCGUCUACGGGUACACGGUCCUAAUCGGGGCGGGCGCGGGAUCCUUCUUGCAAGCCGGAUUCAGCGUGACUCAGGCGCUGUUGGAACCAGAGGAGAUUACCGACGCGAGCCGUUUAGGACAAUCGAUUGGCAUAGUAAUCUCCCUCGCCAUCGCAGGCGCAAUAUUCCAAAACCGCGCUGUCAGUAACGUGGUCUCGAUCCUCCCCGGCGUCGACAUCUCCGGUCUACGCUCCGCAAUCACCGGUACCGAUAGCGCGUACUUUGCCAGUCUCAGUCCUGCGGAAAGGGGAAGCGUUACGGAAGGGAUAGUGAAGGCGUUGGGUGACGUUUAUGUCGUCGUCAUCGUUGCGGGGGCUACAGUGAUUUUACUGGCCGUUUUUCUGCCGAAGACUAAGCUCUUUACGAGUGGCUGA